AUGGCCUCGUACUUGUCUCAGAGCACACACGGCUCCGAGAACAAGUACGUGACUCUCGUCUCUGGCGAUGGGUACGAGUUUGUUCUGCUCCGCGAGGCGGUCAUGAUCAGCCCGGUCAUCAAGGGUAUGCUGGAUCCUCGCAGUCAGUUCAUGGAAGCAGUCUCGGGGAGAUGUGUCUUCAUGGAGAUCAGGUAUCGCGAACGGGAGGACGUGCCUGACAUGGACAUACCCGUCGAGCUCUGUCUUGAGCUGCUAGUCGCAGCUGACUAUCUUGGCUUGGACACAUAUGCGUUCGAUUCUUCAUUACUCCGUGGAUCGAACGUCUAUUAG